CAUAUUAAAGACUUGUUUAAGUCUUCAAAUGAACAAAUCGUUCUGGUUUCAGGCGAAGCGGGCGCUGGGAAGACGACUCUUCUCUUGAACAUUAUACUUCAAUUUAAUGCAGCGCCUUACUUGAAGCGCUUUGAAGUCCUUGUGUAUAUCGAGUGCAGGGACAUUACAACGGAAAGUUUGCAACAAGUCGCUAGGCUACAUUUUGGAGACACUUUUUGCUUGAAAUUAGGAGGAGAGGAUAACGUUCUGCAAGCCCUCACGCAGCUCCAUGUGCUGUUCCUGAUCGAUGGAUUCGAUGAAAAAAAUAAAAAAUCGACUGCAGUUUUGGAUGCGCUGUUGAAGAAAACCUGGCACUCAAACUCUCAAAUUUUGUUCACAACUCGCCCCCAUACUGUCGGAGUUCUGAAGAAAUUAAUUGUGCAACAUCACCGCAAACUAUCGCAGUACAAGAUAGCGCCUCUCGAAGAGUUGUCAGAUCAGUUGGCGUUCAUUGCGAGGUAUGAACGAUUUCUUACUCUUGGCCCUACACCCUCGCAAGCGAUGCAGAAUCGAUUUUCCAAACUUGAUAAGCAAUUACGACAACUUUUCACGGAGCCAAUAUCUUUGCUGCACUUCUGCUCUAUUUACAAACAGACUCCAGAAAAAAUUGACCGUUGGAGAAGCUUCAACGAUGUGUCGCGGGACACAUUGCAGUUACAAAAGACCAUCGUUGCGGACAAGCUCAUCAGCAUCGGUUCUUCCAAUGAUGAUGUUUUAAUUGACGACCUGUUCAUGGUUAUUGGCCAGUGGGCGCUGGAGUUUCUCGGUUGUAACAAGAUCACAUUUACCGACGCUGAGCGCACGCGGCUGCAGCGCAAAUGUUGCGACAAAAUCAACUUGCACUGCCAAGGCGCUGAUGUCGACGCUGGCGUGUUCCUCAACGUCAUGCUUAAAGUGACGCGAUCGCUGUCAGGGAGCGCAGGCACAACCUACUCCUUUGCGCACAAGUCCACGCAAGAAAGAUUAGCAGCGCAUUACAUUACUGAACAAAUGCUGGGUACGGACAAGCCUAGUCUCACAGACAUGGGAGUAACUCCUGAGACGAGCCCAAGCUUCCUGGAAGUGCUGCAGUACGUCCUGCAGGACCUGAGCAGCAGCAGCCCCCGGCAGUUCCAGAAGCGCUGGCCCCAACUGAGGGACGCCCUCACUGCCGCCGGCGUCACCAGGGGCGGCGACUGGCAGGCGGUGCUGCUGAGGAGCCCUGAAGUCACCGCGCUGGCGAAGCACGCGGCUAAGAUCACGAUCAAAGAGACUGACGUGUGGGACGUGCACAGCGGUGAGUCGAUGUAG